AUUCGAUGCAAUCCUUAUGCAAGAACCACUUCCUGCAGAACCUGUACCGGAAAAUCGACGGUGCUUUGCUGUGGUCGCAGAAUGAACGCAACCUGGAGUGCGUGAUCACCUUCCAGACGCAUUCGAUCCUGCAACGGUUCAUGCUCAGAUUCGAUUUCCUGCAAUUGGACUGCAACGACCACCUGUACAUUUAUGACGGCGCUCAUGCUGUCGGUACUUAUAAGUUCGACCUAUCCUGUAAGAAUACUAAGCAAAACCUAGGAGCUAUGUUCACCCGAACAAAUUACGUAACAUUAAAGUAUGUGACAGACGCGUGGGGUACCGAAUCAAACGGAUUCAAGUUGGUUAUCACAGCUGUCAAGGAUCCAAAACACGCAUGUACAGAAUUUAGAUGUACUCUUAGAGAAUUCUGCAUAGCGACAGAAUUAGUCUGUGAUGGCAUCAACCACUGCGCUGAUGGAUCGGACGAAUCUUCUACAACCCUAUGCCAAAACAACGACACCGGGACCAUCAUGGGUAUGGAAGUGACGUGGUUUGUCGUUUUGUUAAUCAGUACCUUAUUAGUACUCUUAGUAAUGAUAGUGGCUGUGUCAAUUUGUAUAUGUCGGAGGGGUUGGCACAACGGUAGAGGUAUCCAACAGCAGAACGCUUCUUACUCACUACAGCAGAUGUACGGGUCUAACGGCGCCAUGAAGCAGGCCAUGGGCGGUAUCGGAGGCGGGGGCAGCACGACGACGCUACCGCGGACCACUGGCGGCUCGCCCACUGCCGGUAACCAAAAUCAACUGUCGGGAAACUGGCGCCGCCCUGCGGGCCCGUUAGGGUUCCUCAGCACGCUGGUCCGGGCCCGCCUCUACUGCAGCCGGGCAAAGUGAGGCGUGACGCGCCGGCCAAUGGCAAUACCGCCCCCGAUCAUACUGGAGGCGGGGCAUUGGCAGACGGCGCGCCGCUCCAACACGCCCAGAAGGACGAAUGGUUCGUCUAGCAUUAGAGGCGACCGGGUCGCAGCCUGCAGGGUGAGUCGAGCGCAGAACCCAGCGCUCGGCCUUGAAAAAGCAUCAAACCGCAGCUCCAUGGCAGUAUCAACACCAAUCCCAUCGGUACUACAUGUAAUGAUACCAAAACUAUAACGCUUCGGCGCGGAGGUGCACCCUUAUGAACAAUACAACCUUAGCUAAUUAUUAUCGUAACCUGUAUUAAAAGAGUUUGCAGACAUAGUAAACUAUAGUUUGCGAAUUUUGCCUGGAAGUGCGGAUUUCAGUCAAUCACAGUAAAAAAGAAUAUGCGUUCACGUUCUUAUAGUUCUGUAAUCUGUCAAAAUAUUUUUAAAAUGAUAAUCACUUUACUAUUACGCUGAGUCGAUGUCGAAAUACAUUCCCAAAAUGCUCUCACUACUAUAGAAGCUUAUUUAGAUCCCAAAAGCGUUAUUUUUCACUACCGAUUGUGUUCAUAGAAGAUCUUUAUGUCUGCAUUGAGGGCAUCGAUGAAUAGCGUCUCAUUGCAAAGAUCUAGUAAUAUAAACAACCUCACAAGAAAAUAUCUUACACCCGAUUCAUUAUUGCCAACGUUGCAGACUAACACAAAAAUGUCACUUGCUGAUCAGCUGUUCACCUCAGUAGACGUCAAAGCAUGAUGGAUACUCGUGAAAUAGGGUAUGGAUGUUGAUCGUGUGACAUUCGCCUUUAAGAAUCAACAUCUAGAUAUGAUGUCAGAACUUAGCACCACCAUAGCUGCGUCGGUUUAGUACAAAUCGACAUUUGAGGAUAUUGAGGUUGAGCGUCAGAGACAGGUUAGACAACAUAACAUCAUCAAAGAUAUGGUCUUUUUCAUGAGUAUCCAGUACGUUUUGACGUGUACUGAGGUGAACAGCUGAUCAGCAAGUGACAUCUUUGUAUUAAAUUCUGUAAGGUUGAAACAAUAAAUCGGGUAAAAUUCAUGACCGUAUUUAGAACUGUUUAUACCAAACACAAUCAAAAACUAGUUACGUUCUUUUAUUCCUACCUAACUUUGUAAAUAGAUAGUUAUGAUCACUACCAACCAUUUUGCUUGCAGCAUUUUUUCUGGUGUGGUCUAAAUAAAAGCAUUGUUACGCCCCUUUCACAAUAUCCGCGGCGCGCGCCUGAUGCGGCGUUGGGCUAUGGGAGUAGAUGAGUCUUUCCACACAAUAUCCAGCGCGCGGCGGACUCCACUUCGCCGGGCAUGCGGCCUCCACCCCGGACUACUGUGCGAAGGGCUAUUGUUGUUAUUGGGGUUUUCACACGGUCCGGCGCGGGCAGCACGCCCCAGCCUCUAGUCUUGGGUCUGCACGCGCCGGAUUUUGUAAAAGAGUACUUAGAUCCGUCAGAAUUGUGCGUCACCUGUCGACAUGGGCUGUUUUGAAAUGUUGCGAGAUUGUGAAUGCAUUGCUUCCUGAACUCUCAGACUUUUGCCUAUAACCCACAAUCUACCGAUGCCUUCAACGCCGAAUGUUAAAAUAAGAGUCAGUUACCUUAGACUCAUAUUUACAGUCAACCCUUAAGAGCUGACUGCCGAUUAAGGUACUUGAGGUUUCCUUUGACAAUUCGCUGAUAGAUAUCACUAUAAUCUCUAAAUAGCGUUAUUGUACAACCAUGGUAUCCCACACGGUUUUACGCCAAGAAACUCGCAGCGAAUAAAUAGAUUUGUGGCUCAUGAAUUCACUACCGUUAUAGAUGUGGUUUCUCAUUUUGUUACGUAGAAAAAACAUUUUUUUUAGUAGUAAUAAUUUACAACCAUCUAUUCAUCAGAAUAUAUCAUUAUCCUUAGUGAGAACAACUAUCGUGGACCUCAAAGUUCAAUACGUGUCAAUAACAAGUAACUUCGUAAUGAGCGCUUAUAUCUUCUCGACCAAAUAAUUUUUUUCGAAAUAGAGAAUGCAUAUGACACAGUUCUAAUUGAAAAACAGAACUUACGGAUAAUUGCUGCAUAACAAAUUUAAUGAAGUGUACUGUUUCAAGUCUAGUAAUGAACACACAAAUUAUAUGUUUAUAAAACAUAUAAGCCAUUAUUAAAUCAUUCUUGGAGUACAAUUUUUUUGUAAAUAAGGUACCAAGCCUCAAAAUAUAAACCUUUUUGUAUCAUUUCAAUUGAGAAGCGAGAUUUUCGGAUUUUCGUAAAACAUGUAACUCUAGAUUUCUCGAAAUAAAGUCAUUUCGGCUAAGCACCUUAUUACCCCAAGUCCCUUACUUAACAUUUGCAUUUCACGGUAGGUGUUUACAGUUUACUCGACGAUCUUCAAAAUAUCAAAAAUUCUCAGUUUUCAAAGUUAACAAAGCUCUCAAAAUGUUCAAGUUUUAAAAAAUUAACAUAACUUAAAAAUUUGAGAAUUUUUUAAUAAUUUGGGUAUACCGGAAAUUUUAAACACUUUAGAAGAUGUCGAAGACUCCCAUAAGGGUCGACUAUGACUGACAACGUCUAUCAGGAUUUAUUGAUAAAAACUUUUAUAAGAUUGGAUUGAGGUCAAAUAUAUGCCGAUAAAACUUUAGAUUUUCCCAAGUUCUUGGUAUGCAAAAUUCCGUACCAGGCGUGUGAUAAGCCACAAUCACUUGAGCGUUUUUUCCGUGAAGCAUACCAGGUAAUGAUAUGCACUACGCAUGAUUUCACGAAAAGCUUUAGUCUGCAUUUUGAGCGUUUCAACUGAUUUAUUACACAAAGAGUAUUGUUCUGUAGUUAUUUCCAAUGCUACGAGAAUGUUAAUGUACAAUAUAGAUUUAUGGCAUUUGCUCGGAAGCAUUUCAUUUACCUCAUUAUACGGGGCGUGGCAGAAGUACCGGAACGGCUCGAGAACCCUCUGAAAUACAUUUUAAGAGGAAAAUCUCCAAAUAGAAGGUCAACUUUAAAAUUUCAAAUAUAACCCCCACUUUUGAUUCCGGUAAUGAAACGGGCGGAAAAUUUUUCGUUCAAACAUGACUUUGGAUGAGCAUCAUAUUUCAAACUACCACUACCCGUCGGAAAGGGAUUUUAUGGGAAAAUGCUAAUAAAUGUUUAAGGAUUUAGCUCUUAAAGGGUGACCUUGGAUUUGAUAUUGACCUUCACCUUGAACGUACGCAAAUCAAUAUCUCUGUAUUUACGCUAAACCAUGCCAACUCUCGAUUGUUGAUAAAAUUUUGAAACAAUGGUAGUAAUACUAGUUGUAGCAAUGACGAAAAAUGCGUUACCUAGAGAAAAAUGUUGAAGAACAAAGUUGUAAGGUAUGAGAUUAGUCAUCUGAAGGUGAUAAUGAAUAUGACCUUGGUUAUGACCUUCAAGAUCACUUGAAUGUCAAGACACUUUUCUUAAGUGAAAACGCUUAUUUUUUGUACCUGAAAUGUGAACAGCGGGCAAAUUUACGUUCAGGCGUAUCUCUGCCUUAAACUUGAUCUUGAAAGUUUCACGGGUAUUUGGGGGUGUCUCAAAAGUAUGGAAAAUACACGAUAUCUUGAAAAAUAUAUUAAUUUUGCAUAGUUAAUGAACCUGACCAUGACCUUCAAGCUCAUUUCAAGUUAGCUCCUUACUUUUUCUCGGAGACAUAUAAAAGUAACAUUUUACGAUCAAGGUCACUAUCAUGUACUUGUCCGUCACAUUGACUAUGGUCUCCAAAGUAAUUUGAAGGUCAAAUGAAUUCUGUGACAGGAUACUGCAAUUCUUGCUUCCCGAACGAUAAUUUCACGUCCUACCAAAUCAUCAAUCAUCAUAAAACAUUCAAGGUCAACAUUUAAUCGGUGCUUUAAUCCUUGCAAUUUUGCUCUGGAACAUUUCCCUCUAGGUAGUACAUUUUCUUGUUAAUUUGGUUCUCCCCAUACCUUUUGGAAGCUCUAAAAUGAUCUUGAAGAUCAUAAUCAAGGUAAUGAACAAGGACUCACUUUAACGUAUAAUUUCUCGCUCGAUAUCUCCUGGGAAUCAAAAAUAGGUGUAUGCGUAUAAGAAAACAGUCGUGACCUUCAAAUGAUCUUGGAGUCAAGGUCACUUCCAAGGUCACUAUGACCCUUUUCAAACCUUUCAACAUUGUUCUACAAGUUUCUCCAGAAAACGUAUUUUUCUAGAUAUUUUGGCAGCUUUUAUAGAUACAUGCAACAUUAAUAUCUCGAAAUAACUUCCGAGGCCGGGAUUCGAACUCGCGAAUCUUCGAGGUGUUGUACUUGAUGCGAAACUUGACUACCCAGCCGUCAAAGUUUGAAUCAAAGGGUAUUACUACUGUGUUCAAGUGAGAGUAGAGAUGUGAGCGAAAACGAAAAAUCCCAUAACAUUACUAAACUUCGAUUUUUGUUCAGUUUCUCAUAAUUUUUGAGAUCCCGCAUAAAGAUGAUACAGAACUGAGAACGUGACGCUACUAGGAGAUCGUCAAACAUUUUUUCUAAGGGUAUAUGAUAUUUUUAUAAACUUUCUCUACAGCUUAUACUAUUUAGUAAUAUUCAUGAUAGUAUACUUUUGACUGCUAAUGUUAAAUCUCAAAUCGGUCUAGUCCAUACAAAUGCGAAACUUCCACCUUUAGCUUAGAGGAACAAAAUUAGUUAAAAGUAUGUUCUAUCAUUCAAUAAGAAAACAGCGACAAGACACUGAUAUCAUGGUACAUAUAAAAUUAGCUGAAUUACUAGUUAUAUAUCUUUCGUCUUAGAUCCAAAAUAGAGUACGAUGCAGGUUUUGAUAACGAAUAUUUCAUCAUAGUGAUUAAAAUCAGUAAUUGAUCUCAAUUAUCUAAGGGUAAAUAUCUUCUUACAUAUCAUGAAGACCCGAGAAACCACUCCAUACAUGUCUGAGCCUACGGGCUGAUCAGUGCACUCAGCUGCCAAUCUUACGCAAGGUAGUAAUAGCACCAUACUAUAAGGUUAUUGAAGAUUCAGUAAUCAGCAAUAAGUUAUUGUUAUUCCAACAUUUAAUUCAUAAAUUCAACAUAUCACUUUGAUAUAUACAUUUCUAAUAAUUCUUACAUAUUUUAUCGCACAUAUCAGUUCGUCAACAAAACCUGCAUCUAAUAACUAGGUGAAAAAUAUUCCAAAUAUUGUGAGAGACAAUAUUUACAUGUACUACUAGUAUUAGUGAUUAUUUUCUAAGUCUUUAAGAACAAGAAAUGUAGUCCAAGUGUCAAAAGUACACUUAUAGCGGCCACUAACUAUAAAAAUAUCGCGUAAGUGACUAUACUAAGUAUCACUCAUAGAUAAUUUGACUUAAUAGUCUUAAAUGUAUAACAGAUGAAAUGUGCAGCUUUGCCGGUCAUUGUGAAGUCUUUAGAUUUUGUUAGAGCCGUCACCAAAAAAAUAGAACUCUUUCCUCAUUAGUUUAAGCAGUGAAUCCAAAUAUUCCAUACGUGAUCUAUUUUAAUAUAUCUUUUCAAUAAAUCUCGAGAUUCAUAAAGAUCUUCUGAAUUUUAUGUUGAACCACACCAGUCUUGUCAAUUUGAUACACUAGUGAGGUGACAAUAUAUACGUGUAUAUAGAGACAUAUCAUUUGAAGCAGUUUAAAAAAAUAAAUCGAAAGAUAUCAUCUGUUACACAUCAGUGAUCAUUGGGGUUGAAAAAGUACAUAUACGCACAUCUCCCAUAGACAAAUAGUAUCAUGUAAGUAUAGGUAAUACAAUUCAAGCUGAUAGAUUAAGAGAUAAUGCUUCAAUCUGUGAAUCUCUUCAGUAAGCUACAAAAAACAAAAGGCAUUAUACCCUUAUUACCAUGUCUAAAAAGAAUCUGGAAUUUCUGAUGAGGCAAAAAUUGAAUGUUAGAAAGAAACGUCAUUUAAUAGUCGCAGAUUUAAAGCCUUGCCUUAACAUGUAAAUGCCCUAAACACCUAGACUAUAAGAAGCAUUGAAACCUUGCUACGUUGUUAUUUUAAAGGAACGAUUUUUUUGAAAACUUAGACAAUCAAUUACACUUUAGUUGCUUAAAGAUCAAUCGUCUUGAGUUGCAAAACUAAGAAAAUUUUCAGCUCCUAAGCUGUCCUGAGUAUCUAUGAAAGAAACUGUUACUUGAGACAAGACUUAAUUAUUGAUUUAAAAAAUGUAAAAACAUAUUUUGCGUAAGCUUUGUCUAUGCCUAAAAUGUAAUUCCUGGCAAAUGCAAAAAUUUCCUUAUUCAAUAAAACAUAUUUUCCAUAGGGUCAGCGAUAUUACUUUCAUAAACAUAGGUACUUUGAAUCUGCGGUGAAAUAUAGAAAGAGGCUAAUAAAUUUUUAAAAUCCUCGUUUUCAAACAUGUUCAAUUCGAAGGUACAUUGUAACUAGUACUUUUGGAAAUGACCACUGAUCUGAACUUCUUAUGGAAAUUGUAUUCUACUUGAAAAGCACUGCUGAUGAAAAAGACUAAAUCUGCGGAGAAUGUUCACCAAAAAAGGCACCGUCACUCUCUGACUAUGUGCAAUUGUGUAUGUAUAGUAAAAUGUAAAAAAACACUAUGAACAUAUUCUUACACCGUACACUUACGAUAGCGCUUGACUUUCGGUAACGUUCCUGGAUUUAAAUCCAGUUUUAUCCAUAUUGGAUAAAAAUAGAAAUAUCAACAAUUUUAGAAUGAGAAGCUUUCAAACUUAGUUAAUUUUAUAAUAAUAUUACAAAUAGCAGGUACAUGCGCCGCGUAGCCAGAAGCAUAAAUUCAGGUGCACCCCGAGUGCUAUAUGGAGCGUAAAGAUACCUUCUAUAUACUGUCUAGGGCUAUGAGAACUGGGACAGCCUCCAGACUGUUCCAUUAACUCACCAUCCUAGGGACAAAGGAGCGUCGUACCAACCAGUUCUACAGAGUUAGAAUGUUACGCAAAAUGAUGAAAAUAUCGAGAUUUUCCACGUCCGCUAAUGAUAUUGCUCUAAUCAUAAAUAUUAAUUGUGAUUCAAAAAAAUUUGCCGGAACUUUACCAAAAGUCGAAGUUAUCUGUACUACAAUGAUCUAAUCUAAUAAUUUCGUACGAUUUUUUACCAUAGCAUAGCUAUGACCUGGGUAAGUCUGUACCCGUAUCUCUUAGAGUGUUUAGUCUUAAACUAGAACGCUUGGCAAAUAAAAAAAAAACAAUACAGAAGCUUACCGAGAAAAAUGUAACAUGUGCUUGUUGAACACUUGUGAGCAUUGAAAUAAGUAGAUACUGUCUCAAAUAACAAUUAAGUUAAUCGAAAUCUUUGGAAACUCAUAUAAUCAGUAUGAAAGAAAACCACUAUCCGAUUCGCCCCGAUUUAACAUAAUCAAACAGAUAAAUAUGUUUACAAUGUCAAGUGUCCUAGUCCUAGUGAUAGAAAUUUUGUUUUUCUGCUCACAAGUGCAAGUUAUACAUACAUACCUUCUGAAUAUGAUAUAGUCUGUAGAGCAAACUCUAGAACCACUUUUCGGCUUUGGUCAUAUAUGCAUACAUAAAAGAAUAGAUAAUAUUUAACGCAAAUUAUGGUUAAUUUCAUUUUAUUUUGAAAGGUUAUAUGUUGAUAGAAACAUACUAACAUGUUAUCAUCUUGUCCAUCAACUUUGGAGUACAUAUGUACAGAUAUUUUUGCAUAUCAGAUAGAGCGGAAGUGUAUACUAUAUGGUUGAUCUAUUUCGUUCAAUUUUCAGGCACAUGAGCGCCCGCAGAGGGGAGUCGGGUGGCGUUUGAGUACCCAGUUGGACCUUAAAAGGAGGGGGCACAAACUUUACAGAAAUCAGUCACUUGUAAAUCUUGCCCAAACUUUGGGAAUCAGCUCGCCGGAGCAUCCUGGUCAACAGGCACUAAUGGGAUCUUAACAAUCCUAUGAAGCGUUUCCAUGAUACAAUACAAGGUGUGCCAAGCAUUCGAGAACAGUGUAUUGCUCCUAAGUAAAAAAUUAACUAUUUAUGGGUUAUUAUACAUGGUAUCCGAGGGCACAUUUCUAAAAUAAUCACUUAUACAGGUUAUUCCAGUUUUUUCCCACAUCAUAAAUAUUUUUUCUUAAAUACAAUAGAAUAAGCCUUUUUAAAAGAAUAUUGAUAUAACCUACUUACAGGUAUAGGUAUUGGGCAUUUUAUCUAAAAAAAUUCCGAAGUUUGACAACCUGCGUAUCUGCUGUCUUGACAGAUUGCAUUAGUAUGGGGAGAUAUUGAUGAAAACGUGGGUAGUUAGAAUUUGGAAAAUGUGACCACGGCCAUACCCUUCGAAGUCAUGUCAAGGUCAAUAUACUUCUUUUCGAUGAAACACUCCAUUCUUGAUUACAGAUAUAAAAAGAGGGGGAAAGUUGACCUUGACAGGACCUUGAAGGUUGUGGUUGUAGUCAAAUCUGCGAAAUUCUGACUACCUACGUUUUCUUUUCAUCAAUAUAUUAGCCUACAAUAAUUCAAACUGUGAAGACAGUUGAUAUGCAGGUUGUCGAACUUUGGUCUUGUUUUUAGAAAAAUACCCAAUAGCCCAAUAGUCAAUAAAAUCAGAAUCCAUUAGUGAUUUAUAUAUAACUUCUCUCUAAAGUUGAUUGUUUUCGGGGUAUAAGCGAUUUAAUAUUUGAAAAUGAGCAAGAUGUGUGUGUAAAUAUAAUAUGAAAAGAAUUGUUGCUAAAGUUCCUAAAUAUUCUUUAAACAUCCAUUAAGUGUUUGUUCGUACAGUGGUCGGUAACUUGUCGGUGACUGUGUCUGGGGUCUGGUCGUGUGAAUUCUGUCUAUAUAGCCUAGCAGAAUGAACGAAUUUUGUGUGGCGGGAACUUAGACAUGAUCACUGACAGGUUGAUGACAGCUGUACGAACAGGCCUUAAAGCUCCUACGUGUCAUGUGCGUAACAUGUACUGUAUCAUACUUGUAUGAUUCAGUAAAAGAUGUUACAUGAUGGGUCGUAGUUACCACAGCCCAUUGUCAAAAAUUUUACCGAGCGUUAAAUGUAAUAAUUCUUUGAGUGCACUACUAGCCUACCCAGGAUUUUGUCGUCCGUCAUAAAUAUUCAAAAUGCCAGCAACUGCUCCGCGUCCGUCCAACUGCGGUCGCACUUAUUUGGAAAUACAUGUAGUAACGGCGCUAAGCGAAAUUCGCGCGACAAUCGAGUGCGGAAAAGACACUUUCCGUAAGAGUUACGAACAAAAUUGUGUCUACCUGCGCGUAAAACGAGAAACAACAAUAUAUUGUAAAAAUGUAACCAAGUAUCAAAUUCAGUCAGUCAUCAGAAUAUGACAGCUUCAUUUCAUUUAUGUUUACAAUGACAUAUUGUAAGCAAUGAUUCAAUUUAACACCAGGUGACAUGAUUCUGCCAGGUAUCUUUUGAUGACACUUUUGACAAAGGGAUGACCUGGCAGAAACACACUGAAGCGAUGAAAAGCAAAAUCAAAAUUACGUUUCGACAACUCUAGAUCAUCAUCAAAAUUAAGUUUGAUCAACAAACCACAUCAAACAAAAGGCGCAGCUUCGUUACAUUCAAGCGGAAUCGCAAGGCAACCCUUUGUUGCGUGAGUCAGUAGUCUACACAGUCGAGCAAUUUCCCAAGCACACAAGAUCGCGGCUCGCACUGCGAAUAAAAUUGAAUCGUGUGUCUUUAGGUCCAACCAAAAUUACAAUUUUUAUACCACUAAUCUCUAAAUUAAAUGUAGGAUAAAUUGAAAAUUCCAUAAUACUUACUAAUAAAUAAUGCAAAAAAGCCAGAUCUGACAGACCUACUGACUUACGAUACUCUAGCUGAGAGCAAAAGUCAUAUGACAUUUUUACUUUUCGGCAGGCCGUGCGAAAAAGUAGCUUUGCCGCAAGACGGCCUAAUGUGACACAUGCCGAACCGAAAUGCGUGCGGAAAAGUGGUUCUUUCAGCACGCUGGUAAAAAAAAUAAGUUUUAAACAAUUUUAUUCAUCUUAGAAACCAGACUUUUUAGUACACAUGUAAAACCCUACAUAGAGGGAGAUACCUCUACUCUUUUUGAGAUAUUCACGCAGCAAAAGAACGUCAUAGAUCAACAGUAGGC